AUGAGAGGCUACAUUUUACUCAUUGGGGCCUUCCUCAGCCUCGUUGGAGCAGAAGCCGCAAUCAAAGAUACCAAAAAAACAACGACAGUAGCACCAAAAACUGCAAAAAGAAGUCUUUCUCAUGUAGAACUAGAAGGUACAUCCGAAAUUGAUAGUUUAUCAAAGGAAAACAUAGAAGAAAUCAAAAUCCCUGAUGAAAUUGAUGAAAACCUGAAGGUAGAAGGCCUACAAGGGUGGACUGAUGAGGAAAAAUGGAAAUCCGAAGAAACAUUGCAAGACAAUGAACAUCUCAACAUUGAAGAAAAAUGGUCAGGAGAUGAGUGGAAGCCUGAAGAAAACCAGAAAUGGGCAGCCGAAGAAGACCACGGUGAACACAAAGAAAAAGUAAUAACAAUCGUCAAAGAAGUCAAAGUACCAGUACCAGUAGAAAAAAUCGUACACUACCCAGUCUACAAAGAAGUACCCGUCCCAGUCAAAGUCGAGGUACCACAACCCUACCCAGUAGAAAAGGAAGUGCCAUACCCAGUCAAAGUCCAACACAAAGUUCCAGUAGCCAUCCACAAACCAGUACCAGUCGAAAAAAUAGUCAAAGUACCAGUAGAAGUCAAAGUAGACGCACCUUACCCAGUAGAAGUACCACACCCGGUACCCGUCGCAGUACACAAAACGGUGCACGUACCCUACGCGGUACCAGUACCCCAGCCAUACCCAGUAGUCAAAGAAAUCCCGGUACCUGUCAAAGUACCGGUACACGUCCCUAAACCCUACCCAGUCCACAAGAUAGUACCUUAUCCCGUGAAAGUAUACGUGGAAAGGCGGUACCCAGUCCACGUAAUCAAGCCUUAUCCUGUUGAAGUUAUCAAGAAAAUCCCGGUGGCGGUACCAGUGGAGAGGCCGUACCCUGUCAAGGUUUACGUGGAUAGACCGGUACCGGUCAAGGUCGAGAAGGAAGUCCCGUAUCCUGUGAAGGUACCAGUGCCAGCGCCAUAUCCGGUGGAGAAAAUCGUGAAGGUACUAGUGGAGAAGGAAGUACCAUACCCAGUGGAGGUUAAGGUUGACCGACCGGUACCGGUUGAGGUGGUUAAGCAUGUUCCGUAUAUUGUUAUUAAGAAAGUACCGGUUUAUGAGAAGGAGUGGGUGGCAGAACCAGUGAAGAAGGAAAAGGAUGAAUCUAAGUGGACGGAAAAGGAUGAAUCUAAGUGGAAGGAAGAUGAUGAAUCUAAGUGGAAGGAAGAGUAUGAAUCUAAGUGGGAGGAAGAGAAUGAAUCCAAGUGGAAGAGAAAGGAUGAAUCUAAGUGGAAGGAAGAUGAUGAAUCUAAGUGGAAGAAAGAUUAUGAAUCUAAGUGGGAGGAAGAGGAUGAAUCCAAGUGGAAGAAAAAGGAUGAAUUGAAGUGGAAGAAAAAGAAGGAACAUACCAUGGAUUGGGAAGAAACAGUACAAGAAUGGAAAGAAGAAGCCAAAUGGAAGCAUACAGGGUAGUUCAAUCUAAAUAUUGUUAAUGUAUCUAAUAGUAUUGAAUCGAUUGGG